UCUGAUCAGGCGCCUCGGGACCACACUGAAAGGGGACCUUCGAGCCGAUCACGUGGGCAGGCUGUGGGAGCAGUUGCUAGGCAACCACAGCGGCUGUGCCGGGUCUGCACUGAGCUGUUCUGUUCCGAGUAUCUGAGCGUCCCCAGAGAAAGCAAGGGAACCAAGGCCAGGGCUGCUGGGGUGACAGUCAGGAGAGCAGGAGGGUUAGUUCUGUUUAUUCAACGACCGGGUAGGGCUCAGAACUGGACAGGAGCCAGAACAUCUGAGUUCAAUUCCUGGCCAGCCCAGCCCCCUUCUUGGUUGGGGUGGAGAGGGAGGGCUCUAGGCUUGGUUGCAGACAUUCCGCUACCCUGCCCUAGGGCUGUUGAUGAUGACUCAAUCAUAACAUCUUGCUCAAUGCACCAGGAAUCUGAGGCUCAAAGAGGUCUCACAACAAGGCACAGGCCAUGGAAAGGAAUGACAUCAUUGACUUCAAGGCUUUGGAGAAGGAGUUGCAGGCUGCCGUUACUGCUGAUGAGAAGUACCAGAGGGAGAAUGCUGCCAAGUUUCGGGCCAUGGAGCAGAGGGUGGCUUCCUAUGAGGAGUUCAGGGGUAUUGUCCUUGCAUCGCAUCUCAAGCCACUGGAGCGGAAGGACAAGAUAGGAGGAACGAGGACUGUGCCCUGGAACUGUCACACUACUCCAAGAAGGACCUCUCCGGACGAAACCACUGAAAUCUCCCCGGAGAAAACACUCCUGCAGCCCGAGACCUCAGCGGAGUUCUACCGUGAUUGGCGGCGAUACUUGCGGAGCGGGCCAGAGCGCUACCAGGCUCUGCUGCAGCUCGGAGGUCCCAAGCUGGGCCACCUCUUCCAGACGGACGUGGGGUUCGGACUUCUGGGGGAGCUGCUGAUGGCACUGGCUGAGCAUGUGAGGCCGGCUGACCGGCUGGUGGUGCUGGGGAUCUUGCGCGGCCUGGCCAGUACCGGUCGCUUCGCCCUGAACCUGAGCCUGAUGAGCCACGCAGAGAGAGAGAGCUGCAGAAGCUUGUUUCAGAAGCUGCAGGCCAUGGGCACCCCUAGACCCAUGAAGGAGGGGCUCAGCCAGGAGGAGCAGGGUCUGGAGGAGCAGCCUGGUGGGGUCCAGGAGGAGGAAAGUCUCCUACAAGAACUGCUAGGGUUGUACCAAGUGGAUUGAUGGGGCCAGUUAUCUUCCGAGGCCCCCAGUGGUCACUGGCAGCAUGUUUUGGUUACCUUGGGGGCUCCGCAGAAUUGUAAUAAGAAGCCCAUACCGACUUCCCUUCUCAACUUGAAAUCUGCAGAGCAAAAGCUAGAAUCUAAUCUUCCCCUCUUCUCCAGCCCCUCUGUGGCCUGAUAUUCUGAACUGUGUAGAUCCACAGGAUGGUCAAGGGCCCAGAAAGUUAAAAGAGCUUUGCUUCCCACCCUCAGAGUCUGUCACGGCUGUGGCCCACAGCCCCCCAAAUGCUGGCUACACUGGUAAGGCCUCUACCCAAAAAAGGGAAGAAGGGAAAUCAUUAAUCUUCCUUAAUAAACCAAUACUGAUCUCCAUAGCUAUUAACAAGAAUAUUCAUAACGUAAAACCAAUGAAUGGACAUUUGAUCAGCAAAUGGUCAAAUGCUACCUCAUUUGAGAUGUAUUUUUCCCCAGGGGCUGAGGUCCUGUGCAGGGUUGGUUCUGGGAAAGCCCCAAGCCAUCAGUUUAGGUCUGGCCAACCUCCCAGGCUUCUUCAGAUGGCCAGAUGUGAAGGCGGUGGGUUUCCUUCAACUCCUGGAUUAACCAGAGGGAAGACCUUUCCACCAGUCACCAGGGCAAGGCCUGGAGCAGGGAGGCCGAGAUUUCCCUGUCUGGCUCCCAGCCUUGCUUCUCAUUCCAGUUUCUCCUGACCCGUUCUUGGGUGAGUGCCAGUGUUCUAGAAAGGGGAGAGAGGGCCAGGUUCUAGAAUGGUUCUUCCUCGAGAUCACAUUGGAAGGGCAUCUGGUCACAUGAGAAGGACCUCCUGUACACCGGCUGGGAAUAAAUUGCCUUGCCUUUGGCUGCUUCCCCUGCAGAUGGUUGCUUCUUUU